AUGGGUUCGGGUUUUAGGCUUUGCGGGGCGGGUUCUGCGGGGAUUUGCUCAGCCUUAGGCAGCUGUGGAGGUUACGGAGACUCCACGAGAACCGCCGGUACCACCACAAUCGUUGCCGCGGUGACUCGUAAUACAACGGAGACUGACGAAGACAAUGGGUCGUUCUUCGACUUGGAGUUCGCUGUUCCUGACGAAGACGACGAUGCAGAAGGGGGAGACGAAACCCAGAACAAAGACAACGACCGCACAGAUUCGAAUCUGUCUUUGUCUCCUUCUGAUGAACUGUUCUUCAAGGGAAGGCUCAUGCCGAUUGAGCCUUACUCGCUUGUUUUCAACCCCUCCAAACAGCCGCAGUUAUACACUGUCUCGUUGUUGAAAUUCGCCACCAAGUUCCCCGUCUCCAUGCUCGGGCUCAAGAAAUCGAAAACAACUGCAAAUGCAACCGGCCAAAAAACAGACCCAAGUGGGUUCGUUUCCAGCAUUGCUCCCAAACCACAAGAAGAAGAAAUGCAACAAAAGCAAGAACAACUGCGGAGCAAGCCUUUCACUGUGAAGUUCAAGGUGGAGGAGGUUCCGAUUGUGUCCCUAUUCACUGGAGAUACGCAGAGACAAGAGAAAGAAGCGGGAGAGAAGAUGAGGGAAAAGGAAAAUAAAAAAUAA